CUCACACGGCUUUUUGGUGCUUAUGUGAGACAUACGAAAAGACAUCCCAGCAUUCCAAAUUUAGUCAACCCAGCAGACCAGUUAAUAGGUGAAAUCUCUUGUCGAUCGUCAAUAGUCUUCGUAAAAUGCAUCAACUUGAAGGUUACCCAACAUACUCAAAACCCCACAAGUGCCGGGCUGUGAUUUCUCUGGGCGUAAGACGGCAAUUCCCACUUCGGAUAGAUCUUCAUCGGUUCCGUCACCCCUGAUUGGUUGCUUCGUUCUCAGCUGCUAGGUUGGUAAAUAACCUACCCGAGCUGUGGCUUUGUUUGCCAGGAGGCUCAGUUCUAGGGUUUACUCCUUGCAUCGUCGUUGUUUUCGCAUGCUCGGAUUGGGUGCCAAACAUCGUGUUCGCCAGAUUCAACGGACGAGAGUCGUCAAAGCACGGUGUUGCCUGCACCAUGGGUUACGAAGAGGGACGAUACAAUAAAGAGAGACCUCACGUUAUUAUAAAGGGAGGAUAAUCGACCACAAUCUCCAGACAUCCAUCAAUCACUCCCACAGUACUCUCUCGAUCAUAAAUACCACCAGCUCUCAAUCUCAACCGAACAAUUCUUCUACCUCAACCAACCAUCAAAACCUCAAUCACCAUCAAAAUGCAGUUCACCACCUUCAUCGCCGCCGCCGCCGCCGUCGCCUUCGGCGCUAACGCCAAUGUCAUUCCCCGCGACGACGCCCGUCUGGGCCAGUUCCGCGUCUUUGGCGCUGACGGAUGCUCCGACCUGAACUACGGCUUCUACACCGUCGACCAGUCCGACGCCAACACCUGCCACGAAUUCACCGGCGUCCCCGCCUCUCCUGGUGUCAAGUCUGUUGUCCUCGAGGGAAUGUACUACCCCGCCGCCAAUGGUUGCAACUUCUACAUCUACACCAACAACAUCUGCACAUCCGGCCGCCGCUCUCUAUCAGUCUCGUCCUGCAACGACGUUCCCCCGCCAAACGCCAACUGGGCUUCCUGGAAGAUGGACUGCUCUUCUGGCAGCGCCAACGGAAACUAGAGCGAUCGCGAUUGAAUGGGCUAGGGCGAAGGAUUUAAUGGAUAUGGGAUACGGGAUAUGGGCAUGGUAACAUAGCAUUGAACGGAGCAGAUUCAGGCAUUCAUUAUUGGCGGGAAAAGACGAUAUGAAAAUUUACCUAGACCUCUUUGGCAUUUACUUGCACACUUCUUAUAGUUCUUGUAACUAGUAUAUACACGAGUGCUCCCAUCAUUUGAGGCUAUUCACAGAAGCGCGAUGUUCGGACCUGUUGCGAUUUGCUUUUCUCUAUCUACCUACCUAGGC